CGGAUGCACAGUCCAUACAGAAAUACACAGGAGACUUGCUUGCAAGCUAGUAGUGUGGGAAAGUAAUCUGAAUUUUAACGAUGUACAGGACCCACAAGUUAGAACAUUUUGGUAUUUCCCACUGGACGCUCAAAGAAAAUUUCCCGGUGAAAGUCACCUGAACAUUAGAAAGCAGCGGAGGGCAGUCCAGCCAAUCGUGAUAGACAGAGAUGCCUGUCUUCUUUGUGAAGGGCAGGGUCCAAUAAAGAGGAUGGGGCUGUAAGGUUUCAUUCUCCUUAGAACCUCGAGUUCAUUAUCAGAAUUGGACCAUUAGAUGUGUGAAUGGGAGAGACGUGAGUCUGGGCCGUCUCAACAUCACGAGGGCUCGGGCUAACGGCCUCUCCCACGGCUGAAAUCAGAGAAGACAUCCGCGACCAACUUCGCGAGCGCUACGGCCAAAGUAUAGGCUGAACUUUAGCGGGGGAAGGCUAGCCGAUGCUUCCUGUUCGGGAAGAUUGUAGCCAUCCGUCAUUCAAAUCAGUCAUCUUCUAAUAUAGUCAGGGUAGCGUAGGAUGAUGUUUGCAUGAACAAGAAAUCAUAGAUUCUGCCACAAACAGAUGAAUGGGUAUCCCGACACGAAGAUACACCCGACACUCGAACGUCGUCUGCAGCUUGCCAAAGAGUUGAUCUGUGGCUGACAGGAAGCGUAUGGCGUACUAUCGGCCAGGGUUGGACGAGGCUGAGAUCACCAAGCUCCAAGACUAGUAUGAAAGCAAAGCUCGACAUAGCCAACGCGUUCCCAUCGAAUGUCAGUGUAAUUAACAACAGGUGGCGGCCAUGGAAGAUCAAGCCUUGUUGCACACGGGAGUAGCAGAAGAGAUCUGACCCCAACCCCGCGACCAAUCACUCACGUGCUGCUGCCUAGUCACACAUAAUUACAUCGAGUUCCACCGCUUGCCAGAAAGACCGUCCGCAAGGUAUUGCUCAUCGUUCUAUCCAUCCUUCCCCGCUGACAUCCUUUCAGAUCAAGAUGGUCAACCUUCGCUCUCAAAAACGGCUCGCCGCCUCCGUCAAGGGCGUCGGCCAGCGUAAAAUCUGGCUGAAUCCCGCGGAGCAGUCCGAGAUUGCCAGCGCCAACUCGCGCUCCCACAUCAAGAAAUUGAUCAAGGACGGCGACAUCAUUAUCAAGCCGACUACUAUUCAUUCGCGCGCACGGACGCGGGCGCUCCUUGCUGCAAAGAGGAAAGGACGUCACACUGGCCCGGGUAAGAGGAAGGGUACUGCGGAGGCUCGUAUGCCGACGAAGGUGUUGUGGAUGCGGAGACAGCGUGUGCUCAGACGGUUGCUGCGCAAGUACAGGGAAGCUGGGAAGAUCGACAAACACCUCUACCAUUCCCUGUACCAAAAGUCGAAGGGUAACGUCUUCAAGAAUAAGCGAGUGUUGAUGGAGUACAUCCACAAAGCUAAGGCUGAGAAGAGCCGAACCAAGGUUCUCACUGACCAGAUGGAGGCGCGCCGUGUUAAAAACAAGGCUGCUCGCGAACGUCGUGCUGCUCGCAUCACCGAGAAGCGGUCGGCAUUUUUGGCCGUGGAGGAGGGUGCCGUCAAGGAGUAAAUUCCCCAUGUCCCGUCUACUCAUGUCGUAUCAUGCCUCAUUAUGUAUCCUUUUUUCAUGCAUCCAUCAACACACAAUUCUGGUAUUAGGCGAACUGAGGACCGUCUGCGCUCUUUCAGAUACGCAUUGCACUGCCGGCGGAUCAGGGUGCUCCAAGUGCCCGUUAUCCUCUUGAAUAGAUGAUGUACAAAGUAGAAGUGCACUACUCGCAAAUUCGAUGAGCAUAGGGACGAUAGGGGACGAUUGUUAGCCUUCAGAAUCGAUUCUAACUGAUCUGCA